AUGAUAACAUCUUGCUUCACACGCGCUGCUAAACAGUAUUCAAAGGAUCAUUUAUGGUUCGAUUUAGCAAAUAAAGUUGGAAAAUUCGGUGUAACAAGCUAUAAAGGCUACCAUCUUGGAAAUAUCAAAUUCUUAGCUCUUGCUCCAGAAGGCACAUACAAGAAAGGUGAAGAGCUUGCUACAAUUGAGUCAGAUAAGACUAUUGAAUCAAUUGCUGCACCAGUUGAUCUCAAAAUCACACAAACAAAUACAAAACUCGAAGAUAAUCCAAAAUUAUUAAAGACUUCUGCAGAGAAGAAUGCUUGGAUUGCCCAAAUAGAGAUUUUGUCCGAUUUUUCGGAGCCUUUAGUUGAUCGUAAGGCAUACUUAAAGAGCCUUGAAUAA